UUGUUUUAUUCAUUUAGAAUAACACAAAAAUUCUAACUGUCAUUACUAACGUACUUACAUACCUUUUUUAAGAAGUAUAUUUACAAUUUUUUUAAACAAAGGCUAGAUUUUAAUGUCGAGAUGUACUCUCAUACAUCACUAAAUACACUGGACACUUGCGUACUUGCAUAAAUAUAUCAAAUUAUUAUAAAAAUGGCGACUUAUGUGAAAGACAAAUCUGCGGCUUUUAAAAAAACAGGCGAUGGAACCGCUCUCCCCAAUAAACAGCGGUCGGAGGCUCGAAUGAAAGCGUAUACAUCCGCUACAGAUGCAAGAGCCUGGGUAAAUAAUGUGACUGAUAAUAAACAGUACAUAGUUGACUUAAUUGGUACAGAAUUGCCGAAGCAAAAUCCGCUUGGAAAAUAUGUACCAGUUGAAGUGUUGAUGAAAACUUUGAUGAGUAAUAAAGAUGCUGAUAUAAAGCGAUUGAAUGGUAUCAUCAAAGAAAUGGAAAGCUUUAUAAACACCUUGCAUUUAAAUGCUCAAGAAACGAUGCAUUACAAUAAAUUGAAAGAUUCUUGGGCUGUUGGUGAUAGGCCAUCUUGUACAACCGAUGAGUCUCUGAGAAGUAGUAUUCCACUUUCCGAAUCUAAAUAUGGUCGUACUUCGUCCGAAGACAGAUUACGACGACCUCCUUCAAUACAAACAAGUCCACGUACUGCUUCUGAAAGCAGAAUAGCUACUCCUCGGUCUGAGCCAAUGCAGACUUCGGCAAGUGAAUCUGAUUCUGGCAAACCGGAUCAUCAUCAGCGAACUCCUAUCCGCCUACAUGCAGACAAACACUACUCCAGUGGUUCCACUGAAUCUUACACUACAGCGCAAAGUAAAUUUGCAUCAGAAUUCUCAACUGGCGAAUCACUUACAACAAGAAGUACCGUGCCAUUGGUUCGUGUUUUGCCUCUCAAAGUCAAUAGCCACCAUAAAGAUGUGCAAGUUAGUCAUUCGGUGGAGUCAACUGCAUCGCAAACACAAACCGCAAAGCCGAAAGAAAUGGUUAUGGUUGAUAGAGCACAACAAGUAGUUUACGAAGGAACGCAACUGAAGCUAAAGUCAUCUUCGGCGCUGAAAAGUCGUAUUCCCGUACCAGGUCCAACUGGCGAUAUGAAGGUUGGGAAAAUUACGCAGACUCCAAUAAUUUCCAGUCAUGACAUUCAAACUGUAUUUGAUGCUUUUACGGCAGACAAGCAAAUGACUACGACGGCAUAUGAGAAGUGCUUUGAGUGUGAAAGAAACUUAUUAACAAUUCGUCAAACAAUGGACCAAAUGGAAGAAUUGAAGAUUACGUUAGAGGAACGCGACGAUAAACUUCAAGCAAUGCAAUGUGAAUUAGACAAAAUGAAGGCAGAUGUAUUGGACCAAGAAAAUAUAGACGACGACAUUUCCACAAUGGCUAACCAUAUUGCAAAACUACGUGCGUCAGGUAGUACAGACGAGUUGAAGAUUGUUAGCAGCGAACUUCAAUUACUCAAAAAGUAUUGCCAGAAACUAAUCUAUAUCAAGUCGGAUAACAAAAAGUUGAAACACGAAAAUGAUAAUCUACGAUCUCAGCUAAAUAUAUCUCGAAGUAUUGGCACAUUGAAGAAGUCUCAUUAUACUUUAGUGAGCAUUGAACCGAAUACAUGUUUGCGUCGUGAUGAUUAUUCGGGAGACGUGGAUUUACGUAAUAAACUGCAAACAAAAUGUAUAGCACUUAGGGAAGUUACAAAACAACGAGAUAAAUUGCAAGCAACCAUUUCCAAACUUGAAGCAAAACUGAAAAAAUAUGAUCAUCUUAAUAAUGAAAUUACGAUCUUUAAAGAAAGAUCUAAAGUUCUCGACACUGUCAUUGAAGAGAAGCUGGGACUAGAAAGACGUUUGCACCGACUGGGAAAUUUAGAAACGGAAAUGAUGUCGUUGAAAGUUCGAGCCAACAAAGCGGAUGAACUUCAACGAGCUUUGGAAAAUGCCCAAAGCAAGUUGUUGCAAAUGCACAGCCAACGUAGUUCCUCCCUAAAUACAUCGUUUUCAAUAGAUGGUAAUAGUAACAGCAUGACUGCACUGAUGGAAGACUUGAAAUACAAAACACGAGAAGCGGAAGUACUGCGUGUUGAUCGUGAUAGAAUGCGUGUGCGUCUAGAAGAGCUUUCACAUUUUGAGCAUGAAUAUAAGCUAUUGCAGGGUAAGGUUCGAACGUUGGAAGCUGUGCGAAAUGAACGUGACGCGUAUAAAUCAAAAACGAUGGAAUUAGCCAGUCUGCAAGACGACUAUGUUUUACUAAGAGAGCAAGCAGAACAAGUACAGAUUUUGACUGACGAAAGGGAUACGUUGAUCCGCAAAGUUCAUGAUUUGGAAUGCGUGAUUACUGACCAAGAGAAUGAAAUUAAUCGACUAGUCAUGCAUAUUGAUAGAUUAUCCAGUGGAGCAGACAAACAUCAGGAUAGAAUCAAAGAGAUAAUAACGGAAUUGCGCGGUGAGAUUGAAAGCAAAAACUUGCUCAUUUCUAAUUCUGAAACACAAUUGGCGGAUGUACAAGAACAAUUAAAGCAUACAAUUGAUACACUGACAAAAGAAACGUGUGCUUUGAAGCAACAAGUUUCCGCAGCAAAUGCUUCGUGUACAGUGUUCAAAAAUCGUUUAGAACGGCUCUCAAAACAACUAACGGAAACUACUGUUGCAUUCGAGAAGGAAAAGAAAACCUGUGUUCGAUUUAAGGCAGAAGUUGUAGCGUUAAGUAGAGAUAAUCAGAGAUUGCAAGAAAUUGCUGAUAACAUGAACGCUUUAACUGAUGCGGGCAAGUUGAAGUCUAUUUUAGAUAAGUCUCAUGCGGCUAGUGAAACUGCUGCUAUACAAUUAUCGGAUAGUGAGACCGUAAUGUCACGCGCAGUUAAUACUGAAUCUGUUACACAUAUCAGACCACUUGCCAGAAGUAUUCAUACUACUGUAGCAUCUACUGAAUAUGCUGAUUCCCGAGGACAAAUAUCCUCUUUAUUAACUGGGAUUAAGAACAUCCCAACACAUGACUAUUCUGUGGUUAAACAGCAAACAGAUCAAGGAAUUGUUGUAGAGCACAGUGUUGAUGCAAUUAACUUACCGUCACCACCUAGUGGAUCAAUUCGACUUGAAGAAAAAGCUGUUCAAUUUGCUUUGUCUGCUCAAGCAAGUGAAGAUAAAGAUGAUAAAGUUGUUUGUACUAAAUCACGGACUCCACCUUGUCGUAUAAAUGUUGAUUCCUCUACAAUAUGCGUUGAUAAUAGUGAUGAUUUUCUACAUCUACAACAAUUACAAGAUGAGGGAAAAUUGUCAUUAGAGGGUAUUAGUUGUGUAUGCAGAGGCAUUCAAGCAGAUAUUUGUGAAUGUGUAGGCCCAACUCAACAACAGAUUCUUCCACAUAGUGAAAAAAUGAUAAGCGUUGAUAAUGCGCUAGAUAUGAAAGGUCGAAAACUGGAAAAACGUGACAAACUCUCGCUUGAAAAUAUUACGUGUGUUUGUGAAGGCAGUCGAGCAAAGAUUUGCUCUUGCAGUAUUUCUGAUAAGUUAAGAACAUACAGAACUACAGAAGGUUAUAUACCACCUUGCCGAAGGGGCCUACAAGUAGAUGCAAAUACUAUUUGUGUUGAUAAUGAGGAUGAACAACGUCGCCUUCAAAAUUUGGAAUACGAAGGUAAUUUAUCCCUCACAAAUAUAACGUGUGUUUGCAAGAGAACUCAGACGGCAGUGUGCGUAUGUAAAAGCGCAUCUAUGCCGGGUUUUACUGCAGAAAGUUCAUCUUUAAAAGAAACAAAUGUAGGCAAGAAAGUUCCACCAUGUCGUCGAGGCUCCAAUGUGCAUUCUGACACUAUAUGCGUUGAUAAUAGUGAAGAUCAUAGUCGGCUUGAAAAGUUGGAAUUUGAAGGAAAACUAUCAUUGGAUAAUAUUCGUUGUGUUUGUAGAGGAACUCAGGUCGAAGUUUGUGAUUGUACAGAUUCUGGAACAGGUUUAGAUCAAAAAAGAAUUUCAAAGGGUCGUAGAGGUUCCGAUAUACUUUUAAGUACGAUUUGUGUUGAUAACAUUGAUGAUCAGCGUCGAAUCCAAAAAUUGGAAGACAAAGGAAAGCUAUCACUGGAUAACAUUCGGUGUGUUUGUAGAGGUACACAAGCGGAAAUUUGCCAAUGCUUGGAUUCUAAAACAAAUUUAAAGAAGAAAAAGGUUUCACCUUGCCGUAAGGAUUCAAAUGAUUUGUAUGAUUCAAUUUGUGUUGAUAAUACUAAAGAUCAACUAAGACUUCAACAAUUGGAAAAUGCGGGUAAAUUAUCAUUGGAUAAUAUUCGCUGUGUGUGUCGAGGUACACAAGCAGAGAUUUGCGAAUGCCCAGAUCUUGAAAUUCGAAGGAAAGAAGAGGAUCAAAUUCAAAGAAAAGACCAAAAUCAACAGCUGCGGCAACAGGAAGCGGAAGAAAAACUAUCAUUAGAUAAUAUUCGUUGUGUGUGUCGUAGUACACAAGCAGAGAUUUGUGAAUGCUCAGAUCUUGAAAUUCAAAGGAAAGACCAAGAUCAAAUUCAAAGAAAAGACAAAGAUCAGCAUUUGCGGCAACAGGAAGAUGAAGAAAAACUGUCAUUGGGUAAUAUUCGUUGUAUGUGUCGUGGUAUACAAACAGAAAUUUGUGAAUGCCCAGAUCUGGAAAUUCAAAGGAAAGAAAAGGAUCAAAUUCAAAGUAAAGACCAAGAUCAACAUCUGCGACAACAGGAAGAUGAAGAAAAAAUGCCAGUGGAUUAUAUUCGUUGUGCCUGUAAAGGAAUCCAAGCAACUGGUAAAUUAUCAGAGCAAAAUAUGAAUAUAGAUGAGCAACCUUUGCAACACUUGGUAUCUGAAGAUAAAAUAGCAUUAGCUAGUAGUAAAUCAGGAACUAUGUCCAUUAGCAAAGAUAUCGAUACGGGCAGUAAACUGAAGGCUGAAUUAUUACAAAAAGAACGUGACAUGAUUGAAUUGAAAAAGCAACGUGAUACAAUUGGUUUGGAAAAUCAGGCACUUCGUAAACAUGCAAGUGAAAUCAAAAAUAUCGCGAAGAGUCAAAUUAGCGCAUUAUCAAAUGAAUUGAGGAAAUCACGCGAGGACUGGGCUAAAACAGAUGAUUCCAAAACAGUUGCUGAUUUACAAGAACAAAAUAAACUGUUACAAAAAGAACUAUCAAUGCUAAGGAAAUUACAAUGUGAAUGCAACCAAAUGUACAAAGAAAAACUUCUUGAGUCGUCAGUAAAACUUAAAAUACCCAAAGAUGAAUCCCAACUACCCAAAUUAAAAUAUAAAAAGUUGGAAGAUGAAGCAAAAUUCUCACGUGCAAAUAUUCUUUGUGUGUGUAAAGAGGUACAAACUGAAGUUUGUGAAUGUGCAGAUGGAGAUUUAAUUACAUCAGAAAGUAAGCAAAAAGCUUCCCCAGUUUUGCAAGGAAAAAGUUUAUUAGGUGAUAAGAGAUCAGUGAGCCAAAAAGGCACUGAUGGUGGAAUUUCAGAGCAUCCAUCCGAAAGAGGAUUGUAUAUGGAAGAUAUGAGACCGAUAGAAAGUACAAAGUACUCGGUACUUCCAUCAGAAAGCAAAAAACCUUCCGAAUAUUAUAUCGAAAAACAAAAGCAUCCUGAGGAAACUAGAACUAGAGAUAGUGAAAGGAUACUUGCCCCGAGUGAAAGCAUAAAAGUUCAAAAAUAUCCUUCUGAAAUAGGAAAACAUUUUGACGAAACAAAGCCAUUUGAUAGAGAUCUCGAUGUGGUUAGUGCAACAGAAAAGAAGCGAUCCCAAGAACAUCCUUCGGAAACAAAAAAAUACCCCGAUGAAGUUAAAUCAAGCGAAGAUACUCGUCUAGAAAAACAUCCCUCAAAAAUUGGAAAACUUCCUGAAGGGAUCAAGCCUACUGAAAGUCACGAAUUCUUGGACCGCCAUGCAGAACUAGAGAAUUAUUCUGAAAGAGCAAAACCUAAACCAGAUAAGGAAACACUACUAGAAAAACCGAUACAUACAGAUGAACUUGAACAAAAAGUGCACAUGGAAAAAGAUGCUGCAAAAGUAGAUAAAGUCAUUGAAGAGUCCAAAAAAGGUGAGAGUCCGGUCUCCGGACAUCCAAAACUUCAAGACCGUCAAUCGGAAAUAAAAAAACAUCCCGAAGCAGCAGCCGCGGAAAUAAAGCCAACCCUGAGUCAUGAGCCAAAAACAUCAGAGACUAAAGAACCUUUAAAAUCUUCUUCAGAAAUAAAACAUCCAGUACUCAAGGAAACAACUGAGGAUAGGCCCACAUACCAACCCUUACAAGCUGCUGCUGAAUCAAUUUAUAAAGGUGUAGAAGGAAAGGAAAGAGAAAAACCAAUAGUAGUCGAGAAAAUUGAGGAUAAAAGACCAUUGGCACAGUCUCCUGAAGUAAAACAUCCCGAACAAGUUACCGAAGCAGCCGAAGGAAAGCCUGUAAAACAAAGAUCACAGGUUAUGGGAGAGCCGAAACUGCAUAAAGACGUGGAGGAAAUGGUAAUAGAAGCACCUAUAGAAAAAAGAAAAUCUGUUUUACCAUCGACGGCAGUCCAAGAUCCAUCUCGUGCGAUAGAAGGAACAUUGCCCAAAGAAAUAUUGGACCUGUCUCCGGAAAUGAAACGUCAUGAAUUAAAGGAGCCACCUGGAACAGUAAGUCUUCCAAAAUCUCCAUCUAAUAGUGACUUAAUGCGUGAACUGGAUAAGUUAAGAAAACAAUUAGAUGAGAGUAAAGCUGAAAAUGCCAGCAAACCAUCAGAUAAGAAGGAUGACGAUAAACUUUUAAAAGAACUUGAAGAUCUGCGAAAGCAACUGGAAAACUGCAAGAGUGAAAUUGGAGAUUAUAAAGCACAACUUGGGGACAAAUCUGAGCAACAAAAGCAAUUUGGAGAUGAGAAACAGUCUGGGGAAGCCGCGCCAGCUCUUACAAAAGAAAACGCUGAUUUAAAGAAGCAACUGGACGCAUUAAAAGAACAGCUGGCUGAAAAACCAGAAAAGAAAGAACCCAAAGAGAGUGACUAUUUGACGCAAGAAAAUAAUGAUUUGAAAAAUCAAUUAGAACAAAUGAAAAAAGCAUUGGACCAAGCUAAAACUUUGCAAGAGUUGCCAAUAAAAGACGGUAAACAGGAUCCCGGUAAAGGAAUGCCGGAUGACUGGAGCAAACAACUAGAAAACUGUACCAACGAAUUGGACGAUUUGCGUAAACAGCUGGAAAACUGUCGUAAAGAUCUAGAAGCUCAGAAAAAGCUUAGUCCAAUUGAAUCAGCCCGUAAAGAAGAUUUCAAAUCUGAAAAUGAUGAACUACAGAAACAAUUAGAGGAUCUUAAGAAACAAUUAGCAAAAGAAAAAGAAAUGGCCAUCAAAGCUCCACCAGUCGCAAUCGAUUUAAAACCCGAAAAUGAUGAUUUACGAAAGCAAUUAGAAGACCUGAAAAAACAGCUAGCAGAAACAAAAAAUGACUUGGAAAAAGAACGCAGUACGCCAAAAGGAGAUUCUAGUGACAUUGACGAUUUAAAGAGGCAAUUAGAAGCUUUGAAGAAUCAACUAAAUGAAGCAAACAAAAAAUUAGAAGAAUGUGAGCAACAUUUAGAAAAUGAAAAGAAGAAACUAGAAGAAGAGAAAAAUAAACGGUUAUCCGCACUUACAGUAGCUCCAGCAGAUAAUAAGCAGGAAAUGGAUGAUUUGCUAAAACAGUUAGCCGAUGCUAAAAAACAAUUAGACGAAGAACGUAAAAAACCUAUGGAUACAAAACUGCCUGAAGUGGCCGCGGCUCCAACCGGCCCCAGUCAAAAAGACUAUGAUGAUUUGCUUGCGCAAUUGAAACACAGUCAAGCUGCAUUAGACUCGGAGAAAAAGAAGAUACCACCACCUACAAUGCAAGCACAGCAAGAUGCUGCAUCUACGCUCAAAACCCAGCCUCAAACUGUUAAGGAAGAUGCACAGGAGAAACCAACAAUUGCUCAAAUAGCUAAAGAACAACCAAUUGAAAUUGAAAAACCUACUACAGUAGCAGGUUUGCAAGGCACAAAAGGUCAACCCGAUGAAAAACCUAGUACAGUUGCAGGUUUGCAAGGCACAAAAGGUCAACCCGAUGAAAAACUUAGUACAGUUGCAGGUUUGCAAGGCACAAAAGGUCAACCCGAUGAAAAACCUAGUACAGUUGCAGGUUUGCAAGGCACAAAAGGUCAACCCGAUGAAAAACCUAGUACAGUUGCAGGUUUGCAAGGCACAAAAGGUCAACCCGAUGAAAAACCUAGUACAGUUGCAGGUUUGCAAGGCACAAAAGGUCAACCCGAUGAAAAACUUAGUACAGUUGCACGUUUGCAAGGCACAAAAGGCCAACCCGAUGAAAAACCUAGUACAGUUGCAGGUUUGCAAGGCACAAAAGGUCAUCCCGAUGAAAAACCUACUACAGCCUCAGCUUUGCAAGGCACAAAAAGUCAACCCGAUGAAAAACCUACUACAGCCUCAGCUUUGCAAGGCACAAAAGGUCAAUCCGAUGAAAAACCUAGCAUAGCACCAACAACUGCAUCAGCAACUAAAGAAGGUCAAUUAACAGCAAAACCCACGGCGCAACAAGCGGCAAAAGAACAAGCAUCUACUAAAGGUCCCACUGCGCAAACUGCUAGCGGUAAACCCGGAGAAAAACCAAGUACAGCACCAAAAACUGCAGCAAAAACUAAACAAGAACAGUUAACAGGAAAGCCCACUUCGCAACAAGCGCGGAAAGAACAAGUAUCUACUGCAGGUCUUACUGCGCAAACUGGUAAGGGUCAACCCGUUGAAAAAUCAAGCACAGCACCAACAACUGCAGCACAAGCUAAACAAGAACAAUUGACAGAAAAGCCCAAUUCUGGCACGACACGUCAAGAGGAUAAAGAACCAAGUAAGGAACCAACUUCUGAAGCACCAGUUACGUUAGAUACUCAACCUAAAAUACUUGAGGAAACAGCGGAAACGGCAACUGUACACGAUAGUAAAACUAAACUAAGCUCCAGAGCAAGUCAAACAGCAGCUUAUGAUUUAUCUAGCACACCAGCAAUAACGCAAAAAACGAAGCCUAUUGAAGGUCUGACAGCAGAUGAAGCCUUCAGGAAAACAGGAGAAAAACCUACAGCACCUACAGUUGCUGGCCCUACAACAGAGGCCGCUAAACUUGAAAACUAUAAAAAACGUCUUGCCGACUCUCAGCAAAGGAACUUUGAACAAAAGCUAUUACUUAAAGAAAGUAAGAUGAAACUACAACAACUCGAGAUAGAGUUAGAGAAAACAAAGAAGCAAAGCAUUGAGGCAAUCAAAUCCGCACGUGCCAGCUACGAACGUGAUAUUAUGAGCAUGCAGCAAAGCUACAUCGAAGGCAUUGAAACGUUGCAAGCUUCGCACGAGGAAUUAAUGAGUCAGGGCAAUGCUGAAAUGGAAGCUGAAGUCGAAAGCCUCAGGAAGGACGCGGUACAAAAGCAAGCAAAAAUUGAUGAACUACGAUGUAUCUGCUAUGAUUUAAAAAAAAAGAAAACCAAUUUAUGUCAGGUCCAGGUGCAAGCAAUGGACAUUCAAAUGGAAUGCGUAUGCGACGAUAUGUUGUUUGCAUAUUUGUUAAGGAAAAUUUUGUAUUGCGGGCUUGAGACGUUAACAUUUGAAGACUUGCAGUAUAUGCACACGAAGAUUUGUGAUGCUACGGCCAAGGUAAUGAGUUCUGCAAAAAUGAGUGAUUACUCAUUUGAACCAUGCAAUCCGUGCAACCCAUGCGACUACAGGUGCAGGCAAACAAAAGCACAAACACAAGUUGCAAAAUUACAAAUGGAAGUGGCACUUGAAAGACAACGUCUUGAAAGCUUAAAGAAAGCAUUGGAUAUUGAAAGAAGUACUCAAGCAUCCAUGGCGCAUCAUUAUCAGCGUCAAGCUAAGAUUUAUGCACCCGUAUAUGGUGCCUACCAAGCUCAAACUGCAAGAAGAUAUUCGACAAUUGAUGAUAAUUGUCGUUGCUUAAGUCAAGUUGAUUUGAACUUACGACGAAGAACACAUUUAGACUCAGUUCAAGAACAUCAAUCUAGCACUGUAUUGAAAUAUUAACUAUGGGUAUGAAAAAAAAACGCAAGAAUUCACUUUUGGUGAACUACGAUAAAUUUAAAGGUUAUCCAUCUAACUAUUUCAUUUGAACACAAAAUUGUGCACAGCGUGCUUUGUAUUUACACUAUAAUAUAGAUUUUUAAACAACUACCAAA